AUGGAAAGUCAUAGCAGUAAUAAUAACUUGUAUCAAGUGCUUGGCAUACAAAAGGCUGCCACUCCAGAAGAAAUUAAAAAAGCAUAUCGAAAAUUAGCUUUAAAAUACCAUCCAGAUAAAAACCCAAAUAGUGCAGAUAAAUUUAAAGAAAUCAGUUAUGCUUAUGAAGUACUCGGAGACGAUCAAAAGCGUAGAGUGUACGAUCGAUAUGGAGAACUCGGUUUACAAAUGAUGGGUACAGUCAUGAAUCCACUAUUUGAUCCUCAAGUUGAAUCAAUGCUAUGCACCAUUCUCUUUUUCAUUUCAUUUUUAUUUACAUUAUUCAUUCUAUUUCUCAUCUUUUUGACUAUUCGUAUUGAUGAACUUGUACUGUGGCCAUGGAGAGUAGUUUGGAUACCACUGUGGAUCAUCGAUAUCAUCACUUUUUAUCAUCUCGUACGAUUUAUUAUUUCCAGCCAAAAGGAACAAGGCAAAGAUGAAAAGAUGCAGGAAGAAGAUGAGGCUGGAAAGAAAAAGAGGUUUGAAAAACAAGCCAAAGUGGUGCAACGUGGCGUCUGGAUUAUCAAUUUCGCCCUUUUACUCCUCUUUCAAAUAUUCAUUGUGCUUAAAUUAGACCAGGUUCUAAGCAGCUGGACUGCAUGUCAAGUAUUCAUACCGUAUUUUGUCUUUGAGGGGAUCCAGUUGAUUCAUAUCACGAUGAACUCAAUAAUUGGUUAUGUUGCCAUUGUAUCAGUGCAAGAACAAAAGCAAAUUCCCUAUUAUCUGUUCCAACAGUAUUGGUUAUCCAUCUUGAGACUCUGUGCCUUGACUCUGAUCGCCUUACGUAUUGACGAAAUAAUUCAUUGUUCUUGGGCCAUUGUGUUUAUUCCCUUUUAUCUUGUGGGCUUAAAGUAUGGUUUGGAACUUAUUUACAGGUAUUAUAGAUACUCAAGACUGCCACAACCUGAGAUUGCACAUCAAGGAAAGAUCACAGUUAUGUUUGGUAUGAUUCUCUUUGUUAUCAUCUGUGUCUUAGUCUAUGCUCUUGUCGGACUGGUGGCAAGGCGACUGGAUGGAUAUGUAUUUGUUCGCAUGUCGCAUGUAUUUGUUCCGCUAUUUAUUAUCUUUUCUUUUCUUUUAUGCUGCUCUGGCUGUUGUCUUCCUUGUCUACUCAAAGCAUCUGUUAUGCCUGACUUGGAAGAAGUAGAUGGCGACCAAGUCAUCAUUGAUAGCAACCGACGCAUUACUGCUUCAUAA